CAGAGGUCUUGUAGUCUUCUCUUCGGCAUCAUCCCGCUAAUAACCGCUAACCGCCAUCCACCACACCGAGCCUCCCGAGCCCUCGCACCUCCAUCCCUGUUUCCCAUGGCUGUGCCUCCGCGGUGGGCGAACCUCAACAUCGACCUGGUGACGGAGAUCAUGAACCGCAUCCCGUGCGCAAUCGACCGCGCGCGGAUGGCCGCCGUCUGCCAGGCGUGGCUCGCGGGGAUCGCGCGGGCAGAGGAUCUGACAUUUCAGCUCCCGUCGCUCUUCCUCCCACCCGCGGACGUGACUGGCGUCUACUGCUACCUCAGCGGUUGCCGCGAGCACAGCAUGUUGCCCUUGCCCGGGCCCCGCUACUUCGGCUCAUACGACGGCGGCUGGUUCUUCCUCGCCUACGGCCAGACUCGCGGGCACCGGCUGCUCAACAUCCGCACCGGAGACUCCCACGCGCUACCCGACAUGGUCCUGGAUCAAGCCGCUCACGAAACACACAGCAUGGUCAUCCUCGCCGCCGCCAUCUCGUCCACGCCUGAUGACUUGUACGACGCCGCGGGCAUCGUCACCUAUCAGCCGGACCUCGACGCGCCGCGCCGACGCCACUUCGCGUUCUGGAGCCAAGGGGAUGCGGUGGCCGUCUGCAACGUUUUGCCCGGCGCGCCAGUUGCAGUUGGGGCGGGUUGGGAACCGGAGGACGUCGUGUACUACCGGCGCAACUUCCUUUUCCUCACCCAUGCUGGGCAUAUCGUCGUGUGCACCCCGAUAUAUGAAAAUGAUGAUGGUGGGAAUAUCCUGGUAGUGCCGUGGAAGUUAAUGCCCUUCCUGGAACGGAACUUCCGUGACUGCGUAUGGGAAUGGGAAUAUCCUGCUAGUACGGUCAUCCGCGCUUGCUACCUUGUGGAAUCCCGCGGGCUACUGCAUAUGGUCGUCAGGCUCGCUGCCCAUCAUCACGCGCCGACGUCGUGGUUCAAGGUGUUCGACAUGCAGCCUUUCGAUAUCAUCGAGCCAGACGAUGAUAACGAGGAGGCUGAUGAGAGGAGCUGGACCUGGUACGAGGUGGAAGCAGUAUUGUUGGACCGGAUGCUGUUCGUGGGGCGAGGAUGCUCCAGGUCCUACGAGGUGAGUCAGUACCCGGGGUUCAAGGACGGCAUCUUCUUCUUGGAUGAUCAGAGCUUCUACGACGCCGAGAUGAUGUUCGGUGGAGUCAGUGAGAGGCAGUACCCUUGCAACGACAUCGGCAGGUGGUCGCCGCCGGAAGGGCUGCUGCCUUCCCACGUCGAAUUCUACUUCCCGGAGCGGGUUCCUUCGCACAACUCUCCUCCGGUUUGGCUUCUCCCUUGAGACGGCAGGCAGGUCUGUUCCUCUUGCGCGCGGUAACUGUUGGUUCGGCUAAACAGCGAAACAGUAGCUGAAAUUGUAUGCAUACCUAAGACCCAGAUGUGUUCUGUUUGCCGAAUUUUUUGUAUUUUAGCCCUUAAACAGAAAU